AAGGCAUUUCCUGCCUAGAUGUCUCCACCCCCACUGCCAUGGAGACCAGCUUGGAAGCUUAGGGGAGCUGCUGUGGCCCAGGGCUCAGUGGGGAGGAAGAGGAGGCCAGGAGUCUUGGACUAGCUGCAGGGUUUGAGCUAGGCUGAAGCAGCAGAACCACAGAGGUGGCUGAGCAGGGGCCUGGCCCUGGGACCCAGCCAUCCACACUCACACAUCCACUUCUCCCUCCAGAGCCCGGCCCUGAAGCAGGUCUCUGCUCCAGGCCUUUCCUUAGUUGGGGAAUCGAGAGUUGGGGGAUCAAAGCCCCCCACAUCUCCCUCACCCGCUGCAGCUAUGUUUAUCAAGGUGAUGUUUGGGGCCGGCUGCUCGGUGCUGGUGAACACCUCUUGCAGGCUGGUGAACCUCACCGCCCACCUGAGGCAGAAAGCAGGGUUGCCCCCAGAUGCCUCUCUCCAUGUCCUCCCAGCGACCAUUGCUCUCCUGGCUGAGGACGGCAACCUAGUGAGCCUGGAGGAGGACCUGAAGGAAGGGGCUUCCCGGGCCCAAACCAUGGGCAACUCCCUGCUGAAGGAGCGAGCCAUAUAUGUCCUCGUUCGGAUCAUCAGUAAGAGGGAGAGGACAUGGCCUCCACCCGCUAUGAGUCCCUAUUGGAAAACCUGGAUGACCAUUACCCAGAGCUGGCACAGGAACUGCGCAGGCUGUCAGGCCUCUCCUCUGCGGGCCACAACUGGAGGAAGCGCAUGGGCACUCGGCGAGGCCGCCAUGAGCAAAGCCCCACUUCAAGGCCCAGAAAGGCUUGGGGACCUGGCACACUACUGCCAACUAGCCAAGUUGGACUCAGACCCAGGGGGGUUAGCCAUGACCUCUGCCCUGUGUGAUCAGGUGCAAACAGACAACAACCCAGCAGGACUCCUCUUGCAGAAUCUGGAAUUGCUGAGAAGUUGCAUCAGCAAGAGGGGCAAGGGCCCUGAUUAAGGGGAUGGAUUGCACACUGUACUGAGACAUCCAUCCUGACCCCACCUCAUCAGCCAGGGAGCUCCCUGAAGACAGGCCAUCGAGAGAGGCACACAACAGGCUGUGGUCUAAAAUAAACUUUUAAUUGCA